AAAGAGGCGCGGAGAAACAUUGCCCACAACAUCGAUGAGGUGAUAGAAGAAGUGGCCGAGCACAUCAAAUUGGGCCCCAAAGACACGCCGCAGGCGUCCGAUGACGAUACCGUACAACUGCCCAGUGUCGACUAUCCACUGGAUUCCACCAUGCCACAGCCGCACCUUAGAAAGUCUCAGUCGUUCCUCACGUCUGUACGAAGUAAGUGCCUGUGUGAUAGUCAGACUGUAUUGUGCGCGUAG